AUGUCGUUUCUCGCGAAACUCGGCCUAAUAUGUUUUCUGUUCGCGAGCUGGACUUCAUGCUUCACCGAGUUCAUACGCCCUCCAGAGUGGGACGAAGAUCAAGACGCCGACCAGGAUAUGACGAAAAAUAACCGUUACGAUGAUGGCGAAACCAUCCCCAUCAUCUUUAACUCCAACAUAAAAAGAGUCGACCUCUACGUGUAUCAAGUCUUAGACACCCCAGGCUCUGGAGAGAGUAAGCGCGGUCUAUUGAAAGGCGACAGCGAACCCAAUUCUAACGGCUGGAACUGGAAGGCUCAAUACGAUGCCUCCAACGUGACCAAGAAUGGGGAAGAUUGCAUUUAUUGGUUCGAGGUAAUUGAUACCGAACAUCGCGGGACACUGGCGCAAUCUCAAUACGUAAAUGUCAGCGCACCGAAACUAGACGAGACAGAAACUGCCAUUGCGUCUACGACAUCGACAACUCUCGCCGUUGAGACCACAAUAAGCGCGACGGAUACGUCACCGAGCGACGAAGCGAGUUCUACAUCACCGAGCGAUGAAGCGAGUUCCACAUCAGAGCCAAGUUCGAAAUCUGGAUUAUCUCAAGGGGAAAUUGCUGGCGUUGCAGUUGGCGCCACAAUUGGAGCCCUAUUAAUUCUUGGUGGUAUGGGUUGGAUGGUCUGGAGAAGGCGGGCGAGAAGGAAGAAUGAUGCGGCAGUGGCAGAGCUUCCUGGGGAUCACAACCAAGACCAGCCUUACUCCGAGAGACCAAAGAGUGAACUACCUGCUGAGCCAGUAGUAUUUCCUUUAGAAAGACCUAAAAGUCCUCCUAGAAUCUAUGAGGCACCGUAA